AUGAACGGGCGUGCCCUGCGUUGCUUCGCUACGUUACUUACUCUUGCACGCGUUAGAAGCGUGUCUCUCUACCAAAAUGGUGAUGACUUAUCGGAUCCCGUCCCUCCCUGGAAUAACACCGUUCACAUGUCUGUCAUCCUCCCGUCAAAUUCUUCUUACUUGUUCUCGCUAAGUCGCGUGCGACCUGCGAUCGAACUGGCGAUUAACCGCGUGUCGCAGGAGUUUGGCUGGCAGUUUGCAGUCCAUUACCGCGACUCCGGCUGUCAAUCUCCACUCGCUACGAUGCAUGCCGUGACAGAUUAUUCACGGACCGGUGUGCAUCUCUUCGUGGGUCCCGCGUGUGAUUACGCUGCCGCUUCAGUGGCUCGCUUGCUCAAAUUCUGGAGAGUGCCCAUGGUGACAAGCGGAGCCUUGGCCUACGACUUCUGGGACAAGCACGGCGAAAACAGCGAGUACUUCCUAAUGACAAGGGCUGGAUUGUCUUUUUCCGGUGUGUGCGAAGGCUUCCUCGGAUUAUUUCGACGUUUUGGAUGGAGAAGGAUGCUCAUCUUCUACGAGUCAGAAGGUCGAGCUGCAUCUCAUGGUGAAGACUACUGCUUCUUGUGGGCUAAAGCCAUGGCAGAGGUGCUCAGAAAUGCGUCGGCUGAUGGGCGAUACGAGUUUGAUGGCGUCAGAAUUGUGAAGAAAACUCCUUUGGAUGUGCAAUUAGCGAAAGCGGUGUCUACGAGGUAUUCAAGUAAGUUAAAGGUUCCUAUACGUGCAUGA